CAAGAAGGGACCGCAACCACCGGUGGCUCACAUUCCCUUGAAGCAAGCCCAGCUGGCUGGGCAAGCGUCGUCUCGGCGUCAGCCUUUGGGCUCGAAGAAACCGCAGCGGUACUCCGAAGUUGCUUCCUUGGCCACCUAGGUCGUGUCAGAGAUGCUAAAGUCCUUCCUUUUGCUCUCGUGCAUCCUGACGGUGGCAGAAGCCUCCACCGAUGCUCCGUGGCUUGUGGGGACGGGCAUCGCUGAUUGCACGGGACCGGCGGCAGAGGUGGUGAUGAUGGGUUAUGGCGACUCCGAGCACAAGACGGCGGGCAUCCACAUGCGCCUCUACGCGCGUGCCUUCAUCUUCGUGGAUCCGGCGAGCCAUGACCGCGUGGCCUUUGUGAACGUGGACACCUGGGCAGCGACGGAGGCCGUGAUCCAGGGCGUGGAGCGCAAGUUGCACGCGUGGUUCCAAGGCCAACACUAUAGCCGCGAGAACCUCAUUGUUGCUGGCAGUCAUACGCACCAUGGUCCCGCAGGCGCCAGCAGUUACAUGCUCUUCCAAUUCUCCUCAGCGGGACGGGUCCAUCAAUCCUUGGACGCCUUGGUCGAUGGCAUCGCGGAGGCAGUGUGGUUGGCGCAUCACAACAUCAAGCCAGCCAAUGUCUUUUUCGGCAACGGCAUGGUGGACAAUAGCACGGUGCCAAACUGCCCCAUGCCGAACUGUGCCAACCGCCAGCGCAGCCCCAGCAGCUUCAUGCAUAACCCUGAGGUGGAACGCCGCAAGUUCUUUGGGGAGGACAAUGCUGAUCGCAACAUGGACCUCUUGAAGAUUGUCAACGCCGAGACAGGCAAACCGAUGGGCAUGGUGAAUUGGUUCGGGGUGCAUCCCACCUCGCUCAACAGUGAUUACAACCUGAUCUCCGGUGACAACAAAGGCUAUGCGUCCUAUGCCUUUGAGCAAGACAUGAAUGGACCCAGUUGGGUCCAACGUGCCGGGCGUGGCCCGUUUGUGGCGGCCUUUGCACAAGGCGUCUCCGGGGAUAUCUCCCCGAACUUGCUGGGUGCUUGGUGCACCAACUCGGGAGAGAAGUGCGACAACCAGUGGUCUGUUUGUUGGUCGAAUGGGCAGCACAAGAACUCCCUGUGUUUGGGUCAAGGUCCGGGCCGAGAUAAGUACGAGUCCAUGAAGAUUCUGGGCAGCCGCCAGAAGACCGCCGCCAAGACCAUCUUCAACCGGACCACCACCCCCGUAGGGACCGGCGUGGAUCACGUGCUUCGCUUCGCGGACUUGUCGAAGUACUGGGUAGACCGUGAUGGCAAUGGAACUUGGGUGCAAACCUGCGAGCCCUGCUUGGGCACCUCCUUCGCGGCGGGCACCACGGAUGGCCCCACCGGGAUGGAUGAGUUUGGACAGAACAUGACGCCCAGCAACGGCUUCAUGCAGUUCUUCGCCCACAUGCUCACCCUCCCAAGCGCCGAGGACAAACGAUGCCAGGCGCCGAAGAACAUUUUGCUGCGCCCCAACACAGUGCGCGAGACGGUCUUCCCAAAGGUCUUGGGCUUCCAGCUUGUCCGCAUUGGCCAAAUGGUGGUGGCGGCAGUGCCUGGAGAGUUCACGACCAUGGCCGGAGCACGCACCAAGGAGGCGAUCAAGAAGAUCUUGGUGGAUGGCGGCGUGAUCGAAGAGACGGGCACCGUGGUGCUGAAUAACGUGGCCAGCGGCUAUGCGGGCUACGUGACGACCUACGAGGAGUACCAGCAUCAACGCUAUGAGGGUGGCUUCACGACCUAUGGCCCAUACACGCACGAAGCCAUGACCAAUAUUUUGGUGCAGAUGGCGGAGGAUAUGGCGGAUGGGAAGAAAAACUAUCCUGGCGCAAGGCCACAGCUCACGCGCAAGGAUCAGGACUGGGAGAACAUCGACCGCGUCCUGGUGGAUGAUCCACCCAUCGGCGGACAGUUUGGUGAUGUCAAGGAGGAUGUUCACCCAGGUCCUCAUUGGCCAGGGGACACCGUGCGCUGCACACUCUGGGGGGCGCACCCCCGGAACCACUUGCAGCGGAACAGCAGCUUUGGGACCGUGUGGCGCUGGCAGCCGAACAAUGCCAGCGAUGUCAGUGCUGGGGGGUCCUGGGUCUUCACUGCCGAUGACUCGGACUUCGACACCAUGUUCUCCUGGCGUCGUGAGGGCAUCUCUGCGAGUUUGGUGACCAUCAGUUGGACGGUGCCUGAUGGUGUGCCUGGGGGGUGGUACACGAUCCACUAUAGUGGUCACGCUCGCAAGGGCGGUGUGACGCGCAUUCACGGAGCCUGCGGUGUUUUUGAGGUUCAGAAUGCGGAAGCCAUGAUGCCCUUCAAGCCGGACGAGUUGGUGAUUCCGCCGCCGCCCGAGAUCGACACCCCCGACAUGCCUCUGGACCGGCCUCGGCCCCCGCGGACGCCGCCGCACCUGCGCGGCGCGGAGCAGGGCAGCAUUUGACCCAAGGCUUGGAACAGGUCUGAGGCUUGGUGAAAGGGUCCGAAGCUGAUGUUUGCGUGGAUAUCUGGA